GUUCACAGUUGCCUGUUGUGUGGCAGGCUACAUUGUGAGGGGAACAGUGGUGGUAAGAAAGAAAGCUAUUAAUAGCUCAUGCAAUUCUCGAAAACUAUCACAACUGGUGCAUCAGCUUGUGGGUCUGACGGAAUAUAAUUUAGAUUUCUUGCUUGCAAUUCGCAACUGACUGGUUUUCGACACGUAAACGGUCGAUUUAGUGUUUACUUAAGGGGUAAUAAACACGUAAUAAACGACUGUGUUUUUAAGAAGUUAUCGGACUAACCACGCAUUUUUAUGGAUUUUUGCGUUUUGGAAGAAAAUAAUGGAUCGACUUUACAAGGAUUAUACUUAUUUAAUCAUUAAAGUAUCAUCGGGAAGACUGGAAUGGAAAAGGAUUGACAUUUAUUUCCAUGGAUUAAGAUACGGAUAUAUUUUAUCUUAGCCUUGCGUUUGAGAAAUGAUAAGGUUUGGAUCGUCUGAGCUGGACUGUAACAAUGUUCUGAUCUGUGAACACACUUGGAUGUACAAAAACUAACAAUUGAUUUGUUAGGCCUAUUCUGUAAAAGGGGGUUAUUGAUUCAUUUUGAAAUCUUUAUUUGAACACGCCCUCUGUUCAGCCGGGUUAUUUUCGUGACAGUUGACAAAAUAUCUCGGCUGCUUGAGGUUAGCUGUUGAUCUGUUAGACAAUUAGCCUAGUUCGCCGUGUUUUUGGCGGUGGCGUGGCAGACUUGCGAAGGAACCGAUUUGCCACCACUGCUCGGUUUUGAUACCGAUCAAGGAUUUCGACAUGUCCUGCACUGACGACCCGAUCGGCGGACGAUUAUGACUACAGCAGCGAAUUGGGUGGCUAACGGGGCAAGCCUUGAAGACUGCCACUCCAACCUCUUCUCACUGGCGGAGCUGACGGGCAUUAAAUGGCGGUGUUACAGCUUCCGUGGCGGGGGCGAGUACGGGCCGGUCAUUUCGGCGCCGGCGCAAGAUGACCCGGUGCUGCGCAGCUUCAUGCGCUGCGUGCAGGCCAACCUGCUGUGUGUGUGGCGCCGCAAAGUCAAGCCUGAUGCCAAGGAGCUGUGGAUCUUCUGGUGGGGAGACGAGCCCAACCUCUCCGACAUCAUCCACCAGGAGCUGGAAGUGGCUGAGGAGGGACUGUGGGAGUGUGGGCUAUCAUACGAAUGCCGGACCCUCCUGUUCAAGGCCAUUCACAACUUGCUGGAGAGGUGCUUGAUGGACAAGGACUUUGUGCGGAUUGGGAAAUGGUUCGUCAAGCCAUAUGAACUGGAGGAGAAGCAUCUGGGUACCAGUGAGCACCUGUCCUGUUCCUUCACCUUCUUCCUGCACGGAGAGAGUAACGUGUGCACUAGCGUUGAGAUCGCCCAGCAUCAGCCUGCCUACCACAUCACAGAGGACCACACUUGCCUGGCCCAAACCUCCUCUGGGCCUGUACAAGUGAUACUGAGUCCGUAUGGUCUGGCGGGCUCUCUGACAGGCCAGGCCUACAAGAUGAGUGACCCAGCCGUGAGGAAGCUGAUGGAGGAGUGGAGCUACUUCUACCCAAUGGUGUUACAGCACCACAGAGAGGGGGUCACAGUGGGCGUUGACAGAGAGGGCACCGACCCACCUUAUGACCCCCACAGCCAUGUGGCUGUAGAGGUCAUUGUAGGUGGUGUAAGAAUGAUCUACCCAGCAGCCUUUGUGCUGGUUGCCCAUAGCGACCUGCCUGUGGAACAACCCCCACCUGCCCCUGGAGCCCAGGGGCUCAGCAGAGACCCCUCUCACUGCAGCAUUCCCCUGACCCCGCCCACCUCACCUGAACAGCCCUGCUCUGCGGACAGUGGCUUCGUGACAACAGUGUCCAGCAUCCUCCCUUCCCAGGAAAGUGCUAUGGUCACCAAUCACAGCCCAAAGCAUUCUGGGAAGAAACUGACCAAUCAGGUUGUGCAUCAAGCAUGGAAGGAGUGUUAUCUGAACCAACUGCAGCACAGAUGCAGUGUGCCCAGUGCUGUGACGCCAAAUAAUGAGGCGUCAAAUGGGGCGACCACCUGGGACUUCACUGACCCAGGGGAGAGGGCACCCUGCACCUGCUCCAGGGUAAAGCUGCAGCAAAAACAGCAGCAGAUGAACACCUCUGCCAACCCUCCGCCCGGCGCCAACACCACCCCCACCUCUGGCCCAGCCCUCCCCCCUCCCUCUUUGCCUAAGCACAAGGCCACUGACAAGUCGGAGAAACCCGACAAACAGCCCAAGAGGGUUGCCGCCAUGACCCCCUUCCACCACCGUCGAUCUGUGGGCCAGGAGGCCUGCCUGGAACAAGACUCAACUGGAGGUUCCCAGCUCGGCCUAGUCACCCUGGACCCUCCCCUAGAUCCCAUGCCCAGCUGCAAGUACCGAAAGCCCCUCUCAGCAGGAAGGAAAGCCCAAGAGUCCCUGCUCCAUUCCCCCAUCUCCCCAUUACCACCCACGCUCAGCCCUCAUCCACGGGUGGGUCAGGACCCUGAGGUACUGGCCCCCUGUCCAGAUGGGGCAUCAGGGAUGGGGGUGAUGGAGCACAGUGAGACGGCUCUCUAUGCAGCCCCUCUGGGGCCCAGGGAGAGGGAGGCAGGGGCCGGCUGGUGGAGGGGCUUUAGGACUCCCAGGACUGACAAGGCUGAGUUCAGGCCCCCAGAGCUUCCCAGUGACAGAGUGGAAAUAAAGACAGAGACACAGGCCACUGAGGGAGCUGCACUGAAGAGACUAUUCAUGCAGACACAGAAGCGCUUCAAAAUCUCGGAGGAGUACAUCCAGACACUGGGUCUCCUGGAGCAGCCUGGCGGGGAGGACCUGGGAGACCCUGGGGACGACCCCUACGACUUCAAGGAGGGCGACAUCGAGUACAGCUUCCCCACCUCCAAGAGACUGAAGGGCCCGGGCCGGGAUCCCGGCAAGAGAGGCCCCAAGGGAGAGGAGGUCACCAAUGGUGUGCUGCCUGAUGGAAAAGACGCCAUGUCCAUCUUCAGCUCCGCUCCCAAAGCAGAUGAUGACUCAGCCCAGGACGACGCUGCAUCCAAAGCCCAAAACCCUCCUCUAACCAGGGAAACUGAUCUGGUGGUCCUCAUCUCAGACCUGGAGAACAUAUUCGAUGAGGAUGAUGAGGAACUUGGGACUGCUUGCCCCAACCAGCACACAGCCAGGGUUCCGGUAUCAGGUGAAGAUCGAAGAGAAGGGAGAGUGGCUGUGCCCUAUCCUUCAACAGUAGCAGACCUCCAGCGAAUGUUCCCCACACCCCCUUCUCUGGAGCAGCACCCAGCCUUCUCCCCCAUCAUGACGUAUCGUGACACCCCCAGCCAGGAGCCCCCAGCCCCAUCAGGGGGCUCUGACCACCUCCUGGGCCCCCUGUCCUCCACCCAGCUCCAGGAGUACCGGAUGGAGGUAGAGGAGGGCAUGGCCAGUCCUAAACCUGAGGACGUCAAGGACUUCUCAUUUGUGUACCGUGUCCCCUCCGUCCAGCCACAGAUGGGCUGCUCUAUGUUUGCUCCGCUGCGGACCCUCCCCAGCCAGUGUCUGCCCCCCCUCAAGGUGCCUGACCAGUGUUACUACCGGCCCUCCUGGGCCCUGCUGCCCAAGAUGGAGCACUACUCCUCCCUGCCGCCCUCCCAUCACGCCCCCUUCAUGAGAGAAGGAUAUGUCAACGUCCCGAGUGUUGGGGACCAGGAGUAUGCCCAGAUGAGCGCCAGUGCCCCGUCCAUGGGCACCACCGGCGGCAUCCUCCCUUCCCCCUCCCCCGCCACCCCCCGCUUCUCCGUCCCCACCCCUCGUACCCCCCGCACGCCCAGGGGCUUGGGCACAGCCAGCGGGCAGGGCUCGGUGAAACAGGAGGGCACCGGGACGGAGCUGAGCUCCCCUGCCUCCACGCCCUCCACCAGUCUGCCUAUGAGCUCCGUGGCUGAGCCCCAUGCGUCGGGCCCGGCCUUGCCCGAGGCCCACAGCCUGUACUCCACCCUGCUCCUCUCCGACUCCGUCCUGAACAUUUUCAAGGACCGCAACUUUGACAGCUGCUGCAUCUGCGCCUGCAACAUGAAUGUGAAGGGCGCCGACGUGGGCGUGUACAUACCCGACUCCACGCUGGAGGACCAGUACCGCUGCAUGUGCGGCUUCAGCGCCAUCGUCAACCGCCGCCUGGCGCACGGCACGGGUCUCUUCCUGGAGGACGAGCUGGACAUCUUCGGGAGGGGCUCCGAGGUGGGCCGGGCGGCCGAGAGGAGGCUGGCUCUGUGCCGCAGGGACCCGCCCAUGGGAGACCCUCGGGCCAAGCGCCCCCAGGAUUCCUCCCCCGCGCCCUCCUCCGUCAUGGUGCUCCUCCAAGAGCAGUGCUCUCAGCCCAUCUCGUCCCUUGCUUCGCUGCACCUCCCUCCUGCCUGCUCCUGCCACGGGCGCCAGGGGGCCCUGCUCCAGAACUGGAUGUCUGAUAAGCAGUGGGCAGACGGCAGUGACGCUUGUGAGGAGUGUUACAACGCUCUGGUCCAGGGCCAGCAGUACGUGGACAACCCUGCCGGUGGGAAAGUAGAUCUGGCAGUUGUGAGGAGAAAUGCUCUACAUCCCUGGCCUCACAGCAACGUGCUGGACAUCAGCAUGCUGUCGUCCCAGGAUGUGGUUCGUAUGCUGCUGUCCCUGCAGCCCUUCCUCCAGGACGCCAUCCAGAAGAAACGUACGGGCCGGACCUGGGAGAACAUCCAGCAUGUCCAGGGUCCGCUCACAUGGCAACAAUUUCACAAGAUGGCAGGCAGAGGCUCCUAUGGGUCUGAGGAGUCGCCAGAGCCCCUGCCCAUUCCCACCUUGCUGCUGGGUUACUACGACUACUACGACCGUAACUUCCUGGCCCUGUCUCCCCUGGCUCUGCCAUUCUGGGAGAAGCUGUUGUUGGAACCGUAUGGAGGACAGAGGGAUGUGGCCUUCCUGGUGCUCUGCCCGAACUCUGACCCCCUGCUGGCCGGGGCACAAGUCUUCUUCCAGGAGCUCAGUGCGGUUUACGAGACAUGUCGGUUGGGCAAACACAGGCCGCUGGCGAAGGUCUCCAGAGACGGCCUGGUGCGUGUAGGGGCAGUGGACGCAGAGACAGAAGAAGAGACGGAAAAGGAGAGACAGGAGGAAAAGGAGAAGGAGAGGCAAGAGGAGAAGGAGAAGGAGAGGCAAGAGGAGGAGCAGGUGGACCAGUGGUUCACAGGACCAUGGGCUGGACAGCAGCAUAGCCAGAACCUCACCAAACUGAAACUCUUCGCCCGGGUUUGCAGGAAGCAGCUAGGUCCACAGUUGUCUGCCCUGUCCGUGGACAGCAGUCUGUUGCUACCCCAUAAACCUCAAGCUCCCGCAGCUCCUACGCCCUCCUCUGCUCAGCACGCCACCUCCUCCAGCCAGCCCCCCUCUGGCCCUGGGGCCUUGGUUGAGGGACAGCCAUCCGCCCCCCAGGCGGCACCCAGCUCAGGAAGCACCCCCACGUCAGCAGCCCCGGGCCAGACAGGUCCAGCAGAGGCCAAGGGUACCCCGAACGCCACACCCCCACCACCAGCACCACCCAGUCAGCCAGCUGAGACCCCUGAGAGUGUGGCGGAGCGGGAGCGAAUCGGCAUCCCCACGUUGGCCGACUCAGCCGAUAGCCACGCCCAUCCGCCGGCCAUCGUCAUCUACGUGGUGGACCCCUUCUUGUGUUCGGGCCGAGUGAGGGACGGGGAAGGAGGAGAGGAGGAGGAGGGAGAGGAGGUGGAGACGGGCAGUGUGUGGUUACUAGGGUUACUGCGUUGCUACACGGAGAUGCUGCAGACACUGCCGGAGAGCAUGAGGCCGGCGCUGGUCUUACAGGUGGUGCCCUGUCAGUACCUGCUCCAGCCAGCCAGCGGUGAGAGCCCUCUGUACCUGCAGCACCUGCGCUCUCUGGCCUUCUCAGCCUACUCCCAGUGCAGACGCCUCUUACCCACACAGACACACAUCAAGUCCCUGACCGGCUUCGGCCCGGCCUCCACCCUGGAGUCUGUGCUGAAGAGCCCAGAGCAUCCCAGCCCACUACAGGGCUACAGUCCUCCCUACAUCCUGGGCCCAACCCGUGCCAAGCAGCCAGAGCCAGGGGAUGUCUGGCCAGAGAUCCCUGCUAGGUACAACGUGCUGUUUGUGGGGUACUGCCUCUCCCAUGACCAGCGCUGGAUUCUGGCCACCUGCACGGACCAACAGGGAGAACUACUGGAGACCUGCAUCAUCAACAUUGACGUGCCCAUCAGAGCGCGACGGCCCAAGGUCUCACCCAGGAAGAUGGGGUUGCAGAAGUUAUGGGACUGGUGUGUGGGCAUCAUCCAGAUGACCUCACUGCCAUGGAGGAUUGUGAUUGGUCGGCUUGGCAGAUUAGGACACGGGGAACUGAAAGACUGGAGUGUCCUCCUGGGCGAAUACUCCCUCCACUCCAUCAGUCGCCAGCUGAAGGAGGCGUGUCGUAUGUGUGGCAUCUCCUCUGGCGACUCCCCCUCCAUCCUCAGCGCCUGCCUAGUUGCCAUGGAGCCCCAGGGUUCCAUUGUGGUGAUGCCAGACGCAGUGACCAUGGGUUCAGUGUUCGGUCGCAGCACGGCCCUCAACCUCCAGACGUCCCAGCUGAACACCCCUCAGGAUGCUUCCUGUACCCACAUCCUGGUGUUCCCCACCUCUGCCACCACCCAGCUGGCUGCCAGUUCCUACCCGCCUGAGGAUAACGCCGAUGACAUGUUCGACCUGCCUUUCCCCGACGAGCUGGAGAAUGACAUAGGACAUGACAUUCUCAACCUACACCCCUCCCCCAACACCUCCCCCGUGCCCUCCCCCGGAUCCCCCUCCGGUAUGGGGGGAAGCUCCCACUUCCAGCAUAACAGGAAUCAGGGAGAGAGGCUUCUGUCCAGGGAGAACCCUCCGGAGGAGCUGAAGCAACAGCCUCUAGCCCUGGGAUACUACGUCUCCACUGCCCAAGCCGACAGCCUGCCCCACUGGUUCUGGGCCUCCUGCCCUCAGGCUCAGAACCAGUGUCCACUUUUUCUCAAGGCAUCUCUACACCACCACAUCUCUAUCGCCACAUCCCAGUCUGACGAGCCCUGUCAGACGAGCUCAGACAAGACGACCAAGAGGACGCCUCACCCUCUGGACUCCAAGACCACCUCUGACGUGCUCAGGUUUGUGUUGGAGCAGUAUAAUGCCCUCUCAUGGCUGACAUGUAACCCUGCCACCCAGGAUCGCCGUUCCUGCUUGCCUGUCCACCUGGCUGUGCUCACACAGAUGUACAACGCAGUCCUCAACAUGCUUUAGCAAUGGGACUUAGUAACCGACAGCUAAGGAGACUGAGUACUGUCCAGUCCAUGGGCCUCUGAGGAGACUAAUUAAUGUACAGUCCAUGGGCCUCUGAAGAGACUGAUUAAUGUACAGUCCAUGAGCCUCUGAGGAGACUGAUUAAUGUGCAGUCCAUCGACCUCUGAGGAGACUGAGUACUCUACAGUCCAUGGGCCUCUGAGGAGACUGAAUUCUGUACAGUCCAUGGGCCUCUGAAGAGACUGAGUACUGUACAGUCCAUCGACCUCUGAGGAGACUGAGUACUGUACAGUCCAUGGGCCUCUGAGGAGACUGAGUACUGUACAGUCCAUGGGCCUCUGAGGAGACUGAGUACUGUACAGUCCAUGGGCCUCUGAGGAGACUGAAUACUAUACAGUCCAUGGGGCUCUGAGGAGACUGAAUACUGCACAGUCCAUGGGCCUCUGAGGAGACUGAAUACUGUACAGUCCAUGGGCCUCUGAGUAGACUGAGUACUGUACAGUCCUACAGGCCUCUAUGGUCUUGUGUGCCUGCCUGUCUGCAGUGUCUCUGUUUGGACACCAGAAUGCGCCAGAUAUGUAUUUUUUUUCUGGAUGGACAGAGGAUGAGAUGAAUGGACCCCUUUUACACCUGAUAUUAACAUGGGACCUGUGAUUGAAUCAUGGGCAUAUUUCAGUUUUUUGCUGGGCAACAUGGGGCCAGUGUAAGACGUCAUAUUGAGAUGGUCCUUGGUUGGGAAAACAAACAAACGCCUAUGUACAGUACAGAGACCUUUAAACAUGAACACUAUAGUCUGCUUAAGACCAGCCCAGUGCAAUUCUUACCUUUAAAAACUGGUUCUUGUGAGAUGCAGUGAUGUGCCAACCCCCAAUUUACUUUGAAAAGGCACAUACAGCCUGGGAGAGAAGACGGAGUUAUCCAACUAUGCCCUUUUUAUUGACAUUAUAUGACAUUUCAGUAUUACACCUGUCAUUAUCAGAUCAACAUUGUUGUAAAGGAUGUCUUUUCCGCCUGUUCCUUUGAGACUGAAGACACUGAAGCCAUGGAGGAAACCUUUUAAAGGGACCCUAUGUGACCUAGAGUAUGGUCAUGCAUGAAGACUUGGACCAUCCCCUUCACCAGCCAUGACAGUGAUAUCCUGGGAGCAAUUACAUCCUCAUGUAGGACGGGAACCUGGGAGUCAUCCGGGCCCUGUAUCUGCCCCACACUGCACAACCAGGGAACCAACUGACCACAGCAACUUCCUACCUUCAGUGACACUUUUACAUGUUUGUAAGGAACUGUGCUUCUGAGUUUAUUGGCUCGCAGUUUAGUAAUUCAUUUCGUACCAACAUUCAUAAGAGGGCAGAGAAGACAACAAUUUCUUGUGAGGUCAAAGCAUUUGAUAAUGGCACUUUUUCUUUACUUUUGGAAGUGACAAUUGUAUUGCUGUAGAUACGAACACUGAAUUCUAUUUGACAGGUAAAGAACAGAUGUUCUUGUUUAUAAUGUAAAACUGACAUUUGCAAAGAAUUGAGACUUAUUUUUAAUAUUUAAAAUUACAUUUUGAAGACAAAAAAUGAUCAAGGCCUUUUCCAAAUGAAUAUCAAUUGCCUUGAGGUCGGAUAUGGACAUUGCCAUUUUAAAGCAAAUUGUUACUAAAAUUGUUAAAAUAACAUAUUUAUAUAUAGUAUAUCAU